AUGAUUGAGUUAUUCAAGAAGGUGGAAGUAAACAUGCCAUUGCUUGAGUGCAUUCAACAAAAUCCAAAGUAUGCGAAAUUCUUGAAAGAGUUAUGCACCAACAAGAGGCUACCACGAGAGAAGGAUGUAGCGGUAAUGAAUGAAACCAUCUCUGCGGUUUUUCAAAGGAAACUACCACCUAAGCUCAAGGAUCCAGGGAGUUUUUCGAUUCCAUGCACCAUUGGUACUCAUAGUUUUGAUAAAAUCAUGUUAGAUCUAGGUGCUUCGAUUAAUGUUAUGCCUUCUUAUCUUUAUGCGGAUUUAGGUCUAGGUGAAUUGAAAAAGGAUAACAUUAUCAUUAGAUUGGCUGACCGCUCCAACAAGAUCCCUCUGGGAUAUGUUAAGGAUGUUUUAGUGCAGGUUGCAAGUUUAACAUUUCCUGCAGAUUUCUAUGUCAUUGACAUGGAACCGGCGGAUGCAGAUGAUAAAGAAAUUCCCAUUCUGUUGGGAAGACCAUUCAUGAGAACCGCCAGGACCAAAAUUGAUGUCUACUCAGGGGAACUAACUUUCGAAAUAGAUGGCGACAUCAUUAGUUACAAUGUUUUUAAUGCAAUGAGGUAUCCACUUCCUGAACUUUUUCGAGAUUCCUUUUCUAUUGAUGUCGUGGAUGCUCUUGCAGAUGAAUAUGUGGAGACAAUAGCUCAAGACACCUUGGCAAAAGGAGUCGGAUUUGAUGCCAUGGGGAACAAAAUCACCUUAGCUCAAGAUGCCGUACCUCUGUCCAUGCUUGAAACCGUGUAG